AUGUCCGCCGCUGAACCAGCAUUCAACCGCCCCGCCCUCGAGCAGCUUCUCGGCAAGCGCUUCUUUUAUGCCCCCGCCUUCUCUCUCUACGGAGGUGUUGCUGGUCUGUACGACUACGGUCCCCCAGGUUGCGCCCUUCAGGCCAACAUCCUCGACAUCUGGCGCAAGCACUUUGUUCUGGAGGAGGAUAUGCUCGAGGUCGACUGCUCGAUCAUGACCCCCGCCGAGGUCUUGAAGACCUCGGGCCACGUCGACCGUUUCUCGGACUGGAUGUGCAAGGAUCUCAAGACAGGAGAGAUCUUCCGUGCUGAUCACUUGGUGGAGAACGUCCUCGAGGCCCGUAUCGAUGGUGACAAGCUCGCCCGUAACGCCCCCGUCGAGAUCAAGGUCGACAAGGACGAGAAGAAGAAGAAGAAGGCUGCCAAGGUCACUGCCGUCCGCCUGGAGGAUUCGGUUGUUCAGGCCUACAAGGAAAUCCUUGCCCAGAUUGACAACUACUCUGGCCCGGAACUCGGCGAGUUGAUGCGCACCCACCAAAUCAAAUCGCCCGAGACCGGCAACGAUAUCUCGGAACCCGUUGUCUUCAACCUCAUGUUCGCCUCGAGCAUUGGACCCACCGGCCAGUUGCAAGGUUUCUUGCGUCCUGAGACUGCUCAGGGUCAGUUCCUCAACUUCAAGAGAUUGCUCGAGUUCAACAACGACCGUAUGCCCUUUGCCUCUGCCCAGAUCGGUCGCUCCUUCCGUAACGAGAUUUCUCCUCGCGAGGGUCUUCUCCGCGUCAGAGAGUUCACCAUGGCCGAGAUUGAGCACUAUGUUGACCCCGCCAAGAAGGACCACUCUCGCUUCAGCGAGGUCGCCGACUACAAGCUCAACAUCUUGCCUGCCUCUGUCCAGCUUUCUGGCAAGACUGACCUUUUGAACAUCACUGUUGGCGAGGCUGUGGAGAAGAAGAUUAUCGACAACCAGACCUUGGGUUACUUCUUGGUCCGCAUCCACAUGUUCUUGACCAAGAUCGGUAUCAACCCCGACCGCGUUCGUUUCCGUCAGCACAUGGCCAACGAGAUGGCCCAUUACGCCUGCGACUGCUGGGAUGCUGAGAUUCACACCUCGUACGGCUGGAAGGAGUGCGUUGGCUGUGCUGAUCGUUCUGCCUACGAUUUGACUGUCCACUCCAACAAAACUGGCGAGAAGUUGGUUGUCCGUGAGCGUCUUCCAGAGCCCUUGGUCGAGGAGAAGCUUCAACUCGAGAUCAACAAGAAGGUCUUUGGCCCCCGUUUCAAGAAGGAUGCCAAGGCUGUCGAAGAGCACUUGGCUGCUUUGGAUGAGAACACUUUGGUUGGCUUGAAGAAGUCUCACGAUGAGGCUGGCACCUUUGCCAUCAACGUCAACGGCUCUUCCUUCGACAUCACCAAGGACCUUAUCACCAGCUUCGAGAGGGUCUCCAUCACCACCCACAUUCGCGAGUACACCCCUAACGUUAUUGAGCCUUCAUUCGGUAUUGGUCGUAUCUUGUAUUGCUUGAUGGAGCACGUCUACUGGACCCGCCCCGAAGGUGAGGCCCGUGGUGUUCUUUCCUUCCCUCCCGUUGUUGCCCCUACUAAGUGCUUGUUGGUUCCUCUCUCAACCAACGAGGUCUUUACGCCCAUCCUCAACAAGGUCUCUGCCCAGCUCCGCCGCAGCGGUGUGUCGAGCAAGAUUGACGACUCUGGUGCUUCAAUCGGUCGUCGCUAUGCCCGUAACGACGAGCUCGGCACGCCCUUUGGCAUCACUGUCGAUUUCCAGUCUGCCCAGGACGAUACCAUUACCCUCCGUGAGCGUGACUCGACCAAGCAGAUCCGUGAGAAGAUUGAGGUCGUUGUCGACCUCGUCAAGGAGAUUUGCGAGGGCAAGAUUACCUGGGCCGAUGUCUCUGCUAAGUACCCUGCCUUUGUCUCCCAGGAGGUUGCCGAGUAA